CCCGAAGAGGAGCCGCGAGAAGAAAUGACGGCGGGGCGGCCGGAGACGCUGGACGAGGUGGGUGUGCCGCUCCGACUGCCCUUUGUAGCGCCUUACAGUGUCAUUCCAGACCCCAUCGCCCACCCCGUUCGAGGGUCGACGACUUAAACUGCGCGUGUCUCAGUGUUUGGCGCUGCGCCGUCUCACGAGUUUCGUCUGAAAGUCCUCGGAUUUACCGAGCCUGAAAUCCCAGAGCGGGAGGGAAUUCCCAAGGAGGCAGUGCGCGUGCGCCUGUCUGACUGCGCAUGUGUGCUACGCCUGCGCGGCGUUACUGAGGCAGGCAGGUAGGCAUUGAAGGCGGAGAGCGGGUUGGCUCGGCUCGUAUCUGGGAAAGUUUUCUAGAGAAUGGAAAUCAAGGAGGACGAAGAAUCCCUGUGGAACUGAGCGAAGAUGGCGUCGAAGUCAGUUUUCUGGAUAUUGCUGCUUGUCAAUGAAACUUUUCGAGGUCUCUCCAAGCUACAGGAACCCACGAAUGUCAUCGUUAAGUCGGUGAAUUUGAAAAGCGUGCUGCACUGGGAUGCGUCACCUGACCUGCAGGGCCCUGUCACUUAUCACGUGGAGUAUAAGCUUAAUGACGUAGAUGCGAAGUGGACACCCGUUGAGAACUGUGUCCACACGACCAGGACUGAGUGCAACUUCAGCGUGAUCGCCCCUUACUACUGUCCAGUGGUCCUGCAAGUGAGAGCUGAUAAUGGCAGCGACACCUCGGCAUGGGUGCAGUCCAAGGCCUUCUGUGCCCUACAUGACACUGAAAUCGGCCCACCGACUGUAAGUCUCGACUCCCAGGCUGGCGAGAUCUACGUCCGAUUCUCGAUCCCCGGAGAUGCCAUGAAAGAAUACUUCACACAGUGGAUUCACUCCGUCACGUACUGGAAGGAGGGCGACAGUGUCAAGUUUUCCACGGAAACAAAAGAGAACUUUGUGCAGCUGACGGAGGUUGAAUCGGGGGUCCGGUACUGCGUGCAGGUGACGAGUCAAGAGUACCAAUACAACCCUCACAGAGCGGGCAUCUCGUCACCAGAGCAGUGCCUCGACAACACAAAAGACGAGGUGGCGCAGGUCACGUCUCUUGUGCUCAUCCUGGCUGCGACUUUAGUCUUCGCCUGUUUGCUGACCGCCGCCUGCUUCUUUGUGGUGCGGCGCACCUACGGCUGUGCCAAGGACCUGCUGAACCCCGUAUGGAGCGUCCCUGAGGACAUCGCCGAGUUCCUCACUCACCGAUCGCCAGGCGACUCCUUCACCCCCCCCGACGUAGCAGACGUCCCCGAAGAGGCCAUCGACCGGGUGCAGGUGCUCGAUGCCAAGGACGAUGUCACCUGACUUAUAAAAGGCAGGGCGAGUGACACACGUGGUGUGCCAGGCGGAUUAACAGGUUUUACUGUUUGUAUUUUUUAUGAACCCCCCCUUUUUUUUUGCCCCCCUUUCUUUGUUCUUCAGUGCUUUGUUGUUUUUUGAGCUCCUUACUUUUCAAUCAUAAACUUGACCUGAACUUUUAAAGAUGGCAUCACGAAGUUGGCACUGAGGGACUUUUCCUCCUGUGGGACACCAGAUUGCCCGUCUGCAGGUGGCAUCUUCAGCCCAUCUUGCACUUCUCGUAUUUUGUGAAAUUGUGGAGGAGCUGAACGUGAGGACCAGAAAUGAACUGUGAAGCCCCAGGGAAGGGGGGGCCGGCUGAAAGGCGCUAUAUAGAAUA